AUGUAGACGACCCCGAACGCCCCCUCCCCAUCUCGCUGUCCAGCCUCACAAUCUGGGCGCCCACCUGCCUGGAAAGUUUGGGGCUGGGCGCCAUGGCCAAGAGCAGCUCCCUGAAUGUCCGCGUGGUGGAGGGCCGGGCGCUGCCCGCCAAGGACGUGUCUGGGAGCAGUGACCCCUACUGCAUAGUGAAAGUGGACGACGAGGUGGUGGCCAGGACAGCAACCAUCUGGCGGAGCCUGAGCCCCUUCUGGGGAGAGGAGUACACCGUGCACCUGCCCCUGGAUUUCCACCACCUGGCCUUCUAUGUGCUGGAUGAGGACACAGUGGGACACGAUGACGUCAUCGGCAAGAUCUCGCUGAGCAGGGAGGCGAUUGCAGCUGACCCACGAGGAAUUGAUAGCUGGAUCAACCUGAGCCGAGUGGAUCCAGAUGCGGAGGUGCAGGGUGAGAUCUGCCUGGCUGUGCAGAUGCUGGAGGAUGUGCAUGGCCGCUGUCUUCACUGUCAUGUGCUCAAGGCCAGGGACCUGGCCCCCCGAGACAUCUCUGGCACAUCUGAUCCAUUUGCACGUGUGUUUUGGGGCAGCCAGAGCGUGGAGACUUCGACCAUUAAGAAGACUCGCUUCCCACACUGGGAUGAGGUGCUGGAGCUGCGGGAGAUGCCGGGUGCCCCAUCCCCGCUGCGGGUGGAGCUCUGGGACUGGGAUAUGGUGGGCAAGAAUGACUUCUUGGGCAUGGUGGAGUUCCCUGCAAAGGUCCUGCAGCAGAACCCACCCAACGGCUGGUUCCGCCUCCUGCCCUUUCCUAGAGCCGAGGAGGAUUCUGGGGGGAACCUGGGUGCUCUGCGGCUGAAGGUGCGCCUCGUCGAGGACCGCGUCCUGCCCUCCAAAUACUACCAGCCCCUCAUGAAGCUGCUCGCGGAGUCUGUGCUGGGCCCGGCAGAGGAGGAUGCUGCUAGCCCCCUGGCUGUGCUGGAGGAGCUGACCUUGGGCGACUGCCGCCAGGACCUCGCCACCAAGCUGGUGAAGCUCUUCCUCGGCCAGGGCCUGGCGGGGCGCUUUCUGGAUUACCUUACCCGGCGUGAGGUGGCGCGGACCACCGACCCCAACACCCUCUUCCGUUCUAACUCCCUGGCAUCCAAGUCCAUGGAACAGUUCAUGAAGCUCGUGGGCAUGCCCUACCUGCACGAGGUCCUGAAGCCGGUGAUUAACCGCGUCUUCGAGGAGAAGAAGUACAUGGAGCUGGACCCAUGCAAGAUGGACCUGGGCCGCACCAGGUGAGCAGAGCCUAAAGGGUGAACCUUGACCUCCUGACAGCUGCGGGAGGCCAGCCUGGGGCUGCUGACGGGCUACCUGGGGCCCAUCAUGGACGCCAUCGUGGGCUCUGUGGAGCGCUGCCCGACAGCCAUGCGCCUCACCUUCAAGCAGCUACACCAGUGUGUGGAGGAGCGCUUCCCCCAGGCAGAGCACAAGGAUGUGAAGCACCUGGCCGUAAGUGGCUUUCUCUUCCUGCGGUUCUUCGCGCCUGCCAUCCUCACGCCAAAGCUGUUUGACCUCCGGGACCAGCACGCAGAUCCCCAGACCGGCCGCUCACUGCUGCUGCUUGCCAAGGCCGUGCAGAGUAUUGGAAACCUGGGCCAGCAGCUGGGCCAGGGCAAGGAAAUGUGGAUGGCCCCCCUGCAUCCCUUCCUGCUGCAGAGUAUCUCACGUGUGAGGGACUUCCUGGACCAGCUGGUGGACGUGGAUGGGGAGGAGGAGGCUGAGGGCCCGGCCAGGGCCCUGGUCCCACCCUCCGUGACUGUCCGAGAGGGCUACCUGCUGAAGCGCAAGGAGGAGCCCGCCAGCCUGGCCACACGCUUUGCCUUCAAGAAGCGUUACUUCUGGCUCAGCGGGGAGACUUUCUCGUACUCCAAGAGUCCCGAGUGGCAGACGCGCUCCACCAUCCCGGUGUCGGACAUCCGCGCGGUGGAGCGUGUGGACGAGGGCGCCUUCCAGCUACCGCACGUGAUGCAGGUGGUGACGCAGGACGGCGCAGGGACACGGCGCACCAUCUACCUCCAGUGCAAGAAUGUGAACGAGCUGAACCAAUGGCUGUCCGCCCUGCGCAAGGCCAGCGCCCACAACCCUGACAAGCUGGCUUCCUGCCACCCUGGUGCCUUCCGCAGCGCGCGCUGGACCUGCUGUCUCCAGACGGAGCGCUCAGCUGCCGGUUGCAGCCGCACACACUUUGCCGUCACCCUGGGGGACUGGAGCGACCCCCUGGAUCCCGAUGCUGAGACCCAGACGGUGUAUCGGCAGCUGCUCCUGGGGCGGGACCAGCUCAGGAUGAAAUUCCUGGAAGAUUCCAGCAUGGAUCCCAGUCUGGGGGCAGACACAGGAAAGGGCUCCAGGGCCACAGAAGGGGCCAGUCCCGAUGCCCUGGCCCGGCACAGAGAGGCAGCUGCUCACCUACUGGAGGUGCUCGAAGACCUGGAUCGAGCCCAUGAGGAGUUCCAGCAGCGGGAGCAGGGGAAGACAGCCCUGGGCCCCCUCCGGCCCUGAGGAGAUGCUGGAGCCCGCUCAGAGGGAGUGAGAAGCCGCUGGGCCCUUCUCAGCGUACCCUGGCUCAGCAGUCUCCUGUGGCUGUCUGAUACCUCCUUGAGGAUGUGGCUUGGAGGCUUCGGAAGAUCUCCUAGUCUCACAUACCCUAAGCCCAAAACCUGGGGCACAGAAGCAGAGGGCCAGACUUGCACCGAAUGAGUCUCACUCUCUGGGUCAAGGCAGACUGAAGGGGUUGGGAUAAGGAACCUGACUCAGUUGGCUCAGCCUGAGGUCUCUGCUUCUGACCACACUGAUGAAGCCAGCCUGGCCCUGAGCUGCUGGAUACAGCUAUACCUGCAUCCCUACUGCCCAUGUGGCCUAGUUGCCCCAGAUAAGCACUAAACCAGUUCAGCCUUUCCUGUUUUCAUGUCUGCCAAUCCCUGUAACCUCACCGAUCCUCCUGAACCCUGCCCUCAGCCGGCGGCCCUAACCACAAGCUUCCGGAAUCAGGUGCCCUCAGGAAGAACCGAGGCUGGGAGCCCAGUGUGCACUACUCAGACCCUUGGGUCCUGGGAGACCUCAGGCCAGGGUCCUUCUCCCCUCUUUGAACUUCAUUUUACCCUGUAUAAAAUGAUGUGUGGUUUUCAAACUGGGUUCCAUAGAGGUAGCGUGGGAGCCAGGGACAGGGGUUCCCAGACUGUGGCCAGAGCCCACCCCUCUCGAAUGUCUGCUAGAAAUGCAGAUGCAUGGGUUCCAGCCAGAUCUGCUGCAUCAGCAUCUGAAGGCGUGUGGGGCAGGAGUCAGGAUUCUUAAGAAGUUCCUCAAGGUGAUGUGGAUGAAUGUGAGAUUUAAGGAUCGCAGGGCUGGGAGACUUUACGUAUUAGGGUUUGAGGUGAGAUUUUGUUUGACAGUGAAUCACAGAGGAUAAAACGCCCAACUGGCAGAACUGGAAGGGCCUCCAAGGACUCAUUUCUAGUUUUGAUUGACUGGAGGGUGGGACUGAAACUAAAUCUGC